UUCCUUCUCCCCCCCCCCAAUCCAGCCCCCGAUUCCGCCUCUGGGGCUGGGAGCCUCCGCGUCUCCGUCUCUCGUCUCUCUGGGGGCGCUUGUGGGGCGGCGUCCAUGGGCUCCGCUGGGCUCCCCCUGAUGCUGCUGCUGCUGCUGGCGGGGGCGCUGGAUCGGAUCCCCGGAAGCGAAGGGGGGAAGGAGACCCCCGCCCAUUUCCUGGUCCAGGUGAAGUUCGAGUGCCAUUUCCUCAACGGGACGCAGCAGGUGCGAUACCUGUACAGGAACCUCUACGACCGGGAGGAGUAUCUCCGCUUCGACAGCGCCCGCGGGGAGUACGAGGCCGUCACGGCGUUGGGGAAGGUCGAUGCGGAGACUUUCAACAGGGAUAAGCGCCUCCUGCAGUACCAGAAAGCCUCCGUGGAUGACUAUUGCCGACCCAACUACGAGGUUUCCCAGAGAAAUUCUGUGGUUGGCCGGAGAGCCAAGCCCACCGUCUCCAUCUCCCCCACCAAGCUGGAUCCCGCUUCCCCCAACACCAUCCUCCUCUGCAUCGCGAGGGGCUUCUACCCCGUGGAGAUCGAGGUCCGGUGGCUGAAGAACAGGCGGCUGGAGGAGGAGGGUGUGGCCUUCGGGGAGGAGCUCCAGAACGGAGACUGGACCUACCAGCUCCAGGUGAUGCUGGAGACCCAGCCCCAGCGGGGGGACGUCUACACCUGCCAGGUGGAGCAUGCCAGCCUGGAGGCCCCCAUCACCGUCCAGUGGGAGCCCCGUUCCUCCAAUUCUGCCAGGAGCAAACUCUGGACCGGGGUCGUGGCAGCCGUGAUUGGGAUGAUCUUCUUUGCCAUGGGGCUCUCCCUCUACCUGAAGAGCAAGAAUGCAAUUCCCAUCCAGCCUCCUGCAGCACUCAUGAAUUAAAUCUGCCCUCCUUCCUGCUUCCUUGUGGGAAAGGAAGGGGCUUUUUUCCAUUAGCUGAUGAAUUUCUGUCUCUCUUUUGCAACCUCUGAAAAAUGGAGGGUCAAGAUUUUAGAUUGGGGGGAGGAGGAGAAUGGCAGCCUGGAGCCUCUCCUGCUGAGACCCCUCUGGCUUUCCUUUGAAGGCCCCUCUUUCUUGUGAGGGAGCGGUGGAGACCAUCUAGACUGAUCCCUGGGACUCUGGACCUGCCUGUCAGUCCAGACACCCAAAUCUGUCCCGUCUUUAAAUCCACAGCAGCUUCAUCUUCAUUACUCUUCAUCUGAAUCCCUUCCCUUUGCUUUGCUGUAAAAAAAUAAACUUUGUAGGAAAAAUC